AUGGAGGCGGAGCCCGCGGCUGGGCCCGGGCCUGAGUUUAAUUCGAAGGAGGAAGCUUUCGCAUUCUACCAAGCCCACGCGAAAUCUGUGGGUUUCUCCGCCAUAAUCAAAGCCAGCCGCCGAUCCCGGAUCUCCGGCAACUUCAUCGACGCCAAAUUCGCCUGCACUCGCUACGGCGCCCCACCAAGCCACAAGCCCAAACGGGCCCCUGCCCGGGCCAAAACCGAUUGCAAGGCCUCCAUGCACGUGAAACGAACACCCCACGGUACAUGGAUCAUCUCUUCUUUCAUCAAACACCAUAACCACCAAAUUUCCCCCAUUCACAGUAACCCUAAACCCAAUAAUAAUGUUAACAACAACGCAAGUCCUUCAAGGAAACUCAAGGUUAAAAAAACACUGCAACACUUACCUUUCGCCCAAGGUGACCUUCAAUUUUUGCUCAACGCUUUCAUGUCUAUGCAGAAUGAAAACCCUAAUUUCUUUUUCGCGGUCGAUUUUAACGAGGAACAGCGGUUGAGGAGUGUUUUCUGGGUGGACGCUAAGGCUAGGCUUGAUUACAGACACUUUAGCGAUGUGGUGCUUUUGGACACCACUCACGUUAAAAACGAGUGUAGAUUGCCCUUUGUUCCGUUUGUUGGUGUGAAUCACCAUCUUCAGUUUUUGUUGCUGGGAUUGGCGUUUGUGUCUGAUGGGUCUGAAUCCACGUAUGUGUGGCUGAUGAGGAAUUGGUUGAGGGCAAUGGGAGGACGUGCUCCAAAGGUGAUGCUCACUGACUGUGAUGAAGUGCUGAAGAGAGCGGUUGCUCAAGUGGUUCCUGAGUCUUGUCAUUGCUUUUGUCUGUGGCAUGUGUUGAGUAAGGACAAAGGAGCAGUUUGA